UCCAACAUGGCGAGGAGAAGAGCGGAGCUUCCUUGAGCUGCCAGCCCCGUCACCCUGACAGCCGCCGCCGUUCCCGGGGUUACAGAUUUCUUAGCGUCGGCCGCUGAGCCCCCUCCCCCGCCGGGAGUGACAGGUGCCGCCCGGGCUGUGAUGGGGCGACCUCCACCCGAAGCCCAAGACACUGCCCGACAUUAGAGAGCCCGAGGAGGCGCAUCACACGGCGGAUCCAACAUGUUCCUCACCCGGGCCCUGGAGAAGAUCCUCAGCGACAAGGAGGUGAAGAGGGCGCAUCACAGUCAGCUGCGCAAGGCGUGUGAAGUGGCGCUAGAGGAAAUCAAGCACGAAGCAGACCAACAAAAUCCUCCGCAAGGAGAUGGAAAGGCCGGCUCUAGUACGCUUCCACCCGUCAAAUCAAAGGCUACUUUUAUUGAAGCCGACAAGUACUUUCUACCAUUUGAGCUGGCAUGCCAGUCCAAAUGCCCACGGAUUGUAAGCACCUCUCUGGAUUGUUUGCAGAAACUUAUUGCCUACGGACACCUGACUGGCAGUGCACCAGACAACACAACACCCGGCAAGAAGCUAAUUGACAGAAUUAUUGAAACUAUAUGUGGCUGCUUCCAAGGACCGCAGACAGAUGAAGAUGUCCAGCUGCAGAUCAUAAAGGCACUGCUCACAGCUGUUACUUCACAGCAUAUAGAGAUUCACGAAGGAACCGUACUGCAAGCAGUAAGAACAUGCUACAACAUCUACCUAGCCAGCAAAAACCUUGUCAAUCAAACCACAGCCAAGGCCACCCUGACACAGAUGCUCAAUGUAAUAUUUGCGCGUAUGGAAAACCAAGCGCUCCAAGAAGCCAAACAUAUGGAGAAGGAACGGCACAAGCAGCAGUACCAUCUGCAGCACUCUCCACUAAGCCACCAUGAGCUGGAAUUGCCACAGAUGAGACACAUUCUGGAGCAGACCGAUCAUCUGGCCCGGGAGCAGGAAGGUGAAAUGGACCGCCAUCCGAGCUAUGUAGAGAACCCUAUCCAAGAAGAAGCUGAACGGGAAAAUGGAUACGAUGCUCAAACUACAGAUAACGAGCAUCCUGAAGUAGACCCGUCUGCACAAACUGGAGAUCCCUCCAAACCAGAUUUGGCAAUGGGGGUGGAUGGUAUGAAAGAGAGUGAAGAGAGUGCCCAGGAUAUCAUUCACAGUCUAAUAGAGGAAAUGAUCAGCAACGUGGUCGGAGGUGAUGAGACUUCACUACAUGAAUGUACUGCAAGAAGAUCUGAUGAUGGCAGCGAUGGGGAUGCUGUUCAUGCCAAUGGUAUACCUGGCACACCAAUAUCUAUGACAUACACACCCUCUUUACCAGAAGACAGGCUGUCCAUCUCCUCCAAUGACACUCAGGAAUCUGGAAAUACUUCAGGAUCUACUCCUGGUGCUAAAUUCUCUCAUAUCUUACAAAAGGAUGCCUUCCUAGUUUUCAGGUCACUAUGUAAAUUAUCUAUGAAACCGUUAUCUGACGGGCCCCCAGACCCAAAGUCCCAUGAGUUGCGCUCAAAGGUAUUAUCAUUGCAGCUGCUCUUGUCAAUCCUGCAGAACGCGGGUCCCGUCUUCAAGACCAAUGAGAUGUUUAUCAAUGCAAUUAAGCAGUACCUCUGCGUCGCCCUGUCCAAAAACGGUGUCUCCUCCGUCCCUGAAGUCUUUGAACUUUCUCUUUCUAUCUUCUUGACACUGUUAUCAAACUUCAAAUUACACUUAAAGAUGCAGAUUGAGGUUUUCUUCAAAGAAAUAUUCCUUUAUAUUCUGGAAACAUCAACUAGUUCAUUUGAUCACAAAUGGAUGGUAAUUCAGACACUGACGAGAAUCUGUGCAGAUGCGCAAAGUGUGGUAGAUAUUUAUGUCAAUUACGACUGUGACUUGAACGCAGCCAACAUCUUCGAAAGAUUGGUUAAUGAUCUCUCCAAGAUUGCUCAAGGAAGAGGCAGUCAAGAACUUGGCAUGUCAAACAUUCAGGAAUUAAGUCUGAGGAAGAAAGGCCUGGAAUGCCUGGUUUCCAUUUUAAAAUGUAUGGUGGAGUGGAGUAAAGUCUUGUAUGUGAAUCCAAACUCUCAGACAACGCUCGGUCAAGAGAAACCCAUUGAGCAAGAGACAAAUGAGACCAAACACCCGGAGACCAUCAAUCGAUACGGCAGCCUGAACUCUCUGGACUCCACCACCUCUUCGGGCAUUGGCAGCUACAGCACGCAGAUGUCUGGCACAGAUAACCCAGAGCAGUUUGAAGUAUUGAAGCAGCAAAAAGAAAUCAUAGAGCAAGGGAUAGAUCUAUUUAACAAGAAACCAAAAAGAGGAAUCCAAUACUUGCAAGAGCAAGGGAUGUUGGGUCAUACCCCAGAAGAUAUAGCCCAGUUCCUGCAUCAAGAGGAGCGCUUAGAUUCUACUCAGGUUGGAGAAUUCCUAGGAGACAAUGAUAAAUUUAACAAAGAAGUCAUGUACGCCUAUGUGGACCAGCAUGACUUUAUGGGGAAGGACUUUGUGUCUGCUCUCAGAAUGUUUCUGGAAGGUUUCCGCCUCCCUGGCGAGGCCCAAAAAAUUGACCGUCUAAUGGAGAAGUUUGCUGCUCGAUACCUGGAGUGCAACCAGGGACAAACCUUGUUUGCGAGCGCAGACACGGCCUAUGUGUUGGCGUACUCCAUUAUUAUGCUGACAACAGAUCUUCACAGCCCUCAGGUGAAGAAUAAAAUGACAAAAGAACAGUACAUCAAAAUGAAUCGAGGUAUUAAUGACAGCAAGGAUCUUCCUGAGGAGUAUCUGUCUGCUAUCUAUAAUGAGAUUGCUGGAAAGAAAAUUUCCAUGAAGGAGACAAAGGAGCAUGCCAUCCCUACCAAAUCCUCGAAGCCAAGUGUUGCUAGUGAGAAGCAGAGGAGGUUGCUGUAUAACUUAGAGAUGGAGCAGAUGGCAAAGACUGCCAAGGCUUUGAUGGAGGCCGUCAGUCACGUCCAGGCCCCCUUCACCAGUGCCACUCACCUGGAGCACGUCAGACCAAUGUUCAAGUUGGCAUGGACGCCGUUUCUUGCGGCAUUCAGUGUGGGCUUACAGGACUGUGAUGACACUGAAGUUGCCUCUCUGUGUUUGGAGGGAAUCCGCUGUGCAAUAAGGAUUGCGUGUAUCUUCAGCAUCCAGCUGGAGCGCGAUGCCUAUGUACAGGCCUUAGCGAGGUUUACAUUAUUAACCGUCAGCUCUGGAAUUACGGAGAUGAAACAGAAGAACAUAGAUACCAUCAAAACCCUCAUCACCGUGGCUCAUACAGAUGGAAACUACUUGGGGAGUUCCUGGCAUGAGAUUUUGAAGUGCAUCAGCCAGCUGGAGCUUGCGCAGUUAAUAGGCACUGGAGUGAAGCCGCGGUAUAUCUCGGGGACAGUGAGGAAUAAGGAGGGGACAUUUACUGGAACCAAAGACCAGGCCUCAGAUGAGUUUGUCAGUCUUGGCCUAGUUGGAGGCAAUGUUGACUGGAAGCAGAUGGCAAGUAUACAGGAAUCGAUAGGGGAGACCAGCUCUCAGAGUGUUGUGGUGGCCGUGGACAGGAUAUUCACUGGAUCGACAAGGCUGGAUGGAAAUGCUAUAGUGGAUUUUGUGCGCUGGCUUUGUGCAGUUUCAAUGGAUGAACUGGUGUCCCCCACACACCCACGUAUGUUUAGCUUACAGAAAAUUGUAGAGAUAUCUUACUACAACAUGGGUCGUAUCAGACUCCAGUGGUCCAGGAUAUGGGAGGUCAUCGGAGAUCAUUUUAACAAGGUUGGUUGCAAUCCUAACGAGGAUGUUGCCAUCUUUGCAGUCGAUUCCUUAAGGCAGCUUUCUAUGAAAUUUUUAGAAAAAGGGGAGCUUGCAAAUUUCCGUUUCCAGAAAGAUUUCUUAAGGCCAUUUGAGCACAUUAUGAAGAGAAAUAGGUCACCAACCAUUCGGGACAUGGUUGUCCGCUGCAUUGCACAGAUGGUGAAUUCCCAAGCUGCUAACAUUCGCUCAGGCUGGAAGAACAUAUUCUCAGUUUUUCACUUGGCUGCAUCAGACCAGGAUGAGAGCAUAGUAGAGCUCGCCUUUCAGACCACUGGGCACAUAGUCACUCUUGUGUUUGAAAAACAUUUCCCUGCCACCAUUGAUUCUUUCCAAGAUGCGGUGAAAUGUCUCUCGGAGUUUGCAUGUAAUGCAGCAUUCCCAGACACUAGCAUGGAAGCCAUACGUCUCAUCCGCCAUUGUGCUAAAUACGUUUCCGACAGGCCACAGGCAUUCAAGGAGUACACGAGUGACGACAUGAAUGUAGCACCUGAAGACCGGGUCUGGGUGAGGGGAUGGUUCCCCAUUCUCUUUGAGCUGUCCUGCAUCAUCAACAGAUGCAAAUUAGAUGUAAGAACCAGAGGCUUGACCGUCAUGUUUGAAGUAAUGAAGACUUAUGGCCACACGUUUGAGAAGCACUGGUGGCAGGACUUAUUCAGGAUUGUCUUCAGGAUCUUUGAUAACAUGAAACUACCAGAGCAGAAGACUGAGAAAGCCGAAUGGAUGACUACAACGUGCAAUCACGCCCUCUAUGCAAUAUGUGACGUCUUCACCCAGUACUUUGAAGUGCUCAGUGAUGUCUUGCUGGAUGAUAUAUUUUCUCAGCUCUACUGGUGUGUCCAGCAAGACAAUGAGCAGCUCGCUCGCUCUGGAACUAAUUGCCUAGAAAAUGUUGUUAUUCUGAAUGGAGAAAAAUUCAACCUGGAUAUCUGGGACAAAACCGGCAACUGUAUGCUGGAUAUCUUCAAGACCACGAUUCCACACACGUUGUUAACAUGGAAACCGGCGGCGGGAGAGAUUGAUUUAAGCGCACAGUCUGAAAAGCAGCUGGAUUCUGUCUCUCAGAAGUCUGUCGAUAUACACGACUCCAUCCAGCCCCGGACAGCCGAUGGCAGACGGAGUACCCAGCCUGGAAUAACAAACGCAGCCAACGAGGACUCAUACUUGAUAAGAUCUGGAGCAAAACUUCCAGAACAGAAGCUUUUUUCAGCUUUGUUAAUCAAAUGCGUGGUGCAACUUGAACUCAUUCAGACCAUCGACAAUAUUGUGUUCUUCCCAGCAACCAGUAAGAAAGAGGAUGCAGAGAACCUUGCUGCUGCUCAGAGGGACGCUGUAAAUUUUGAUGUCCAGAUUGACACUCAGGAUCAAGGCAUGUAUCGCUUCCUCACAUCUCAGCAACUCUUCAAGCUCCUGGAUUGUCUCCUCGAAUCUCACAGAUUUGCAAAGGCUUUUAACUCCAAUAAUGAGCAAAGGACUUCUCUGUGGAAGGCAGGUUUCAAGGGCAAAUCAAAGCCAAACCUCCUGAAGCAAGAGACGAGCAGCCUCGCCUGUGGCUUGCGGAUCCUAUUCCGUAUGUACAUGGAUGAGAGCCGCAAGAGUGCUUGGGAUGAGGUUCAGCAACGAUUACUCAAUGUUUGCAGUGAAGCUUUGAGUUAUUUUUUAACCCUCACAUCUGAAAGUCACCGAGAAGCCUGGACUAAUCUUUUGCUACUGUUCCUAACUAAGGUUUUGAAGAUCAGUGAUGAACGGUUUAAAGCCCAUGCCUCCUGCUAUUAUCCCCUGCUGUGUGAAACCAUCCAGUUUGACUUGAUCCCAGAACUGCGUGCUAUCCUCAGAAGAUUUUUCCAUCGCAUUGGGCUUGUUUUUAAGAUUUCUCUACCCCCAGAUCUGGACCAGGACAGAUCAGGACAAAGUGCGGAGACUACUGAUUUUAAGUCCACAGAUGAGGAGAUCCAGAGGCCUGCCUCUAAAGAUAACCUUUGAAUCUGAAUGGUUUUCUAUUGCGGUUUUCAUGGUACAGCUGCUUACGAGGAUGCGGUCACUUCAUUACACUCCAGACUGUCUUGUGGUGAACACCGUCUCUGUACAGUUUUUUUUUUUUCCUCCAGCAGCAAAGCUGGAUUAUCUCUUUCCAGACCCCUUAUUGCUGUACAAUACAGCAGGUCCAGGGAUGUACAACUUGUAUACCAUAUAUAAAAUUAACUUGAGGACUCCAUGGCCUACAAGUUGUUCUUUAGCUGCGUAAGUGAUUAAAUGGCAAAAUUCUGUUUUCCUCACUGUCACUUUCACGUGGAAGGAUUAACCCUUUUACAGACGUGAAAGUUAAAGGAAUCUGACGUUGCUAUUUUAUGUUGCACUCUGUUUUUCGAUGAACUUUCAACCAUUUAUGGGGUAAAAUGUACAGAUGUGCAGGUCUGUAAUAUAAACCAUAAAACACUAUAUGCCGAUCUUCCUGCAAUAUUUGAUUUUUCUCACAGAUUUUUUGCAGAUCCCGUUAGUUUAUCAUUUAAGGAAUGCACUAGGUUUUUUUGAGAUUUAAAAAAAAAAUAUGAAUAUUUUUUUAGUUUUCUGUAAUACUCUCUUUUAGCCCUGGCGUUACUGCUGCUGACUUUUCAAAGCAGAAGCUGACAAUGUCGCAUUUGAAUUUACCUGUAAGAUAAUAAUAGGGCUUUGAAAAAAAUGAAGAGCAAUUCCUCCAGUGACCUGGAACUUGAAUCACUGUAGCAAGUCUAGGUAGCGUCUGCUGUUAUAAUUAUGUUCCUCUGUUUGAUGUAGAUUUUGCUCUGUACAGAAAUUUAUGUUAAAUAUAUGAAAGUAACAAAUUUGGCUUGGUUUGGCCUGUGGGAAAAUUCUGUUUUUUUUUGUUUUUGUUUUCUUCGGGAACUAUAUCACUACUGUGAAUUGUGCUUCAAUGGUAACAAAACAAGAAACAGAUUAAAGUGUCGAGCAUUC